CGUCAAGACAGUCAGUUCUACUGUACGGAGCUAAAACUUCGAGAACUACCACAAUCAUCAUCAAAAAGACACAAGUAUUUCACAUAUUUCACAGCAACAACCUACUGUGGAAAGGGACAAACCAUCUUCUAUUUGAGGAGGAAAUUAGGAAAAUAUGCUGGGGGUGGGUAGGUCAUACGUUACGAAAAUAAUCAAACUGCAUCACGAGGCAACCCCUAACUUGGAAUCCUGAACGGAAGCGGAAAAUAGAAAGACAUAAGAACGCACUGCGCCGAGAAUCGGAAGCAGACAUGAAAAGAAUGGAUAGCGACUGGGAAGAGCUGGAAAGGAUUGCUCAGGACAGGGUUGGAUGGAGAGUGCUAUUGGGCGUCCUAUGCUCCUUCACGAGAAGUAACAGGCGUAGAUAAUUAAGUAAAGUUAGAUAAAUCAUAAAUGAGUGACAAAGUCUAUAAUAGAGCUACACAUGAAGGUGAUUUUUGCUUUAUUUUAUAUGAGCAAAAAAGAAAAUGGUUGUUUUCCGGACUCAUCAUCAAGUGUAAGUGGACGUGAUUUUAGUGUUAAUAUAAUCUCUACUUUGGUUAAUAAGCGAAGUCCUGUAGACGUUGAUAGCUUCUUUAAUAUUUUUCAAAUGACGCUGAAUAAUGUGUUUUUUAUAUAGUCGUUUAUAUUCAUUAAAUUGAACAAUGAAAUCUCCCAACACACUUAGUCAUUGCCUCAUUGAGCUACUCUGAAUAAUGUUUGAAAGAAAACUAAGGUCUUUCUAUGUUAUUCUAUAAUAUAAAAUUCAUUAAUGACCCAUACCGAGCUGAAAUUCAAGUACAGAGAACCAGUAAAAACUGGGCAAGUCUUAGAUUGGACUUGGAAUAUAUGGGCUGAAUAGCACCCUUAAAACAAGCCCGUCGUUAAAUGACUAUAGCUUUAUGUUUUGAGCUUAACAUAAUAUUUGACUUCAUUUGAACGUGGCCUUAAAAGUUUUUAUUUAUUCUUAAGAUCUUUUACAGAUUGCUUUGCUUCUUGAGUACUCGUUAUUCUCCACCAACUCGUUAUUCAACUUGAAUUAGCCACUUGAUAUGACAUUGUUUGUAAAUGUAAAAAAAUCAGGACUCAGCGCAUAGUUUUAAUAACAAUGUGGGGAUAUUUUAAGUAAUAUAUUUAUCUGUUGCAUUUGUCGCCUGUGCUGGUAACGGCCAAUCAACUAACUUAUCUAUCUUUUAUGGCAUCGUUGGUAGCCUUAUAUGAACCUUACAUAUUCUCAACUCGUCAAUCAGAACACCACAAGGCCAAAAUAGCAGUCAUAGCUUUCUGGGCGUAUGGCUAUCAUGUUUAUAUAUUUAAAAUAUUGAAGCAUAAUGCACGACAAAUAAACUACGAAACUUACGUUUCUCUGGCCUUUGUUAAAGCACACCUAAUUAACGCAUAGCUAACUGUAAUUUUUGAACAGUUAUGCGACCUCGUCAGAAUCUUCGGAGACAGAAGAAACAGAAGCGACUGAUUAUUCUGAUGACAUAAUUUUUUCAGUCAUGAAUGUAUCUUUCAAUGACAUGACUGCCAACGGUACUAGUUUACCAUAUUUACCUACAACAACAACCGAUGAACCUAACUCGACAACAUGGGAAUCAGCCACUAUAGUACUUCAAAACACAACAGAUCAUUCAAAUGAUUCGACUAUAGCGAUAGAAACAACGGAAACAGCUACAACAAUGGGAGUGACAACAAAAGAAAUGGAGAUAACAACAGUAACAGCGGCAACAACGGUUGAACCUAUUCCAAAUGUACACAAAUUUUCGCUGAAAAAUGGAAGCUCUUACUGCUUUCUGUUUCAAAGCGAUAUAAAAUUUCAAAUUUUCUAUCACAGUCAGAAUAAACUGGUAAAAUCUUACGAAUUUACUAUAUCUAAUGCUACUAUUAACGAUAAUGAAAGUGUAUGUAGUGAACAUUAUACAAAAUUAUCACUCACAUUCAUACCAUAUGGACAAAACGAAGAGCAUAAGUGGACAUUAGUUCUUUUGUUUAAUCUUAUGGAACCAAACAAAACUUCAAAUGAUGCGACUACUGUGAGAUCUACUUAUACAUUGAACAGUUUGAUAUUAAAUUAUUAUAUGGAUAAGACUUUAUUUCCGGAUUCAUUGACACCAGGUCAAUAUGCUAAUGUGUCCAGUGAUAAUAUGGUAUUUAGAAUACCUGUUGGAUCAUAUUAUUCAUGUUUGAUUGUACCGGAAAUUACCCUGACUGGAAAUGAAAAAAUCUUGAAUAGUUGCAAGUUAUUUAUGAAAAAUUUGAAAGUAGAAGCAUUCAUGAACAAUUCUGUGGAAGCAUUUAUUGGAAACGAAACGUUAUGUGAUUCAGAUGUUAAUGUUAAUAAUAUGGUACCUAUUGGUGUUGGUAUUGCACUAAUUGUCUGUAUUGUGGUUGCCAUAACUGUAUUUAUUGUUUUCAGCAAACGCAAUCGUCGUAGUUACACUACACUUUAACUAAAUGAGUUCCCUUCAUGUACGAAUUUAUCUUAUAUAAUGUAUCGCAUUCUUAUGUGAUUUUAGGUAUUUGCACGUUUGUUUGUAUGUAUGAUUAAGUAUACGUUUUCCAGCAUUAGGAUUACUAAUUGAACUGACUAUCAUUUGACACAUUCAGGUAUUUCAUCUAACCUGUCGUGUUUUACUGACUACUCAAUUUGUGUUUAAAUAUUUUAACAUUUCCAAUAUCUUCCAUUACUAUUACCGAACAAUUCAGUCAAUUUAUGAUUACAUGAUGUGAUUUUUAUCAACAUUAUAUACAAUGUAUGACGUUUUUCAAGUGGAUUUCAUUGAAUUUUCCAUGCGACAUGUCAAUCAUUACCAUCUUCGCUACCGUUUUUUUCUCUUGACACUUAUCUAUUCACAUUUUCUUAUAUGCAAUGUUUUUUUUGUAACAAUUUUAACUACCUAAAUAAAACACAAUAAAUAUUAUUUUUAGAU